GUGUACCCAUCAUAUCCCAAGACGUGCUCACAUUCUUGAGACUUGAAUACAGACGACGACGAGAUUCAUACUUUUAUAGUACACUUGAAUGAUUGCUAACAGUGAAACAAAUCAAGAUCAUCAAUUCAAUUUCUGAAUCAAAAUCUGCAUAAUCAACAAUGGAGUCUUCCGAUGAUCAGAAGAUGACUGUUAAUGGCGACGAAGACAUGUACAACAGCAGUACAACCAACCAACACGAACAAUCCAACUACAAACAAGAACAAUCCGCUUAUGCUGAUUCUGAUCAGAGUUUAUACGGUGUCCUUUCAUCACUUCUAAUGGCGAUCUUCUUCCCAGAUCCUCACUCUGACUCGUCUUUCUUCCAGCGAACCAAAGAUUCUUGUAGAGAGAACCUUCCGCACCUUCGAGAAGCUUCUAAAGCUACUGGUGUUAAUGUUCUUAGGUGGGCCCGUCAAGGCAGUUCUCUUCGCUUGCUCCUCGUUAUUUCUAUUGGGACAAUUACUCUUCUAACCCUUACAGGGGUGCUAGUUUUCUUGCUCUUUUUGGCAGCGGCUACUGUCAAUGCAAUCAUCAUAUCACUGUUUAUGUCUUUGGCUGCUGCUGGUGGCUUCUUGGCUAUCUUCUUUGCUUGUGUUGCAGGAAUUUACAUAGGGGCUUUGUCGAUUGCUGUUUUCGUUAUUUCCUCUGCAACAAUAUCGGCAAUUAUCACUGUUCUUAUUGUUACAGGCUGGCUUGGUUUCUUUUGGAUUGUCUGGUCGGUAGUGAAAAAGAGUGCUGGCCUUGCAAAGCACUCCGUCAGCAUCACUGGAUCAGCACUUACGGCAUAUACCUCAGGUUGGCAUGCCCAUCAGCGCCAUCACCAUCAUGAUUAAUAAUUAUGAUGGAAAUAAACAAGGUCGAUCUAGAUUUUAGAGUCUCCACAAUACCUAUUCCUAUACUUUGAUGCUAGCUAAGCAUCUUUUAUUGCUUUGGAUUCCUUCAGCAUUGAUUAAGCUUCUUCGGUGCAAUUUAGUGUGCUUGUGCAAUGCCUUUUAAAUGAACAAAGCUCUUGCUUGAAGUACUAAAUAAUUGUAUUCACAUGAUAGUAUAAUGUAAAUGGUAAACAGUUUGUAGUAAAUAUGAAAUGAGAUUAGAGUUACAUUAGAGUAAUGUUGGAAAAAUAUUGAUGAAUUACACUUGUGACAAUGUUUUUAUUUUU